ACACACGCGUACCCAUAUUCAUGCGGUUACCUCGACAGCUUCUUUCAUGGCAUCAGGAGUUUUGCCAUUAAUCGGCAUGCACCUUGAGGUAAAAUAACGAGACGUUCAUGGAUUAAGGAAAUUCUCCCAUUUAUCCAAGUGGGACCUGUUACUUGGAGGAUAGGCUAUUCAGUGAAAGCUACAGGGAAAGCAAGAAACGCGUUCAGUCUCCUGCACGGACUGCAGCGUCUAUGACGGAGUAGCCUACAAGUCCAACAUUUCCUUCAGGAGACGCACACAGACAAAUUCGGAGAGUGGAAAUCUCUGCGCCUCGGUCUGGGACUGCCAGAAGGAAACCUCACCACAAUAAUCUUUUGGAGAUACAGUACAUGCUCAAUUGAAAUGUUUCGCAGUUAGACCAUAUUUGGCUUGGUUUAGAUCAUCAGAAACAAUGUGGAUCACUAAAGUCACCAUAUAUUGACUGGUUGGUUUCCUCUCAAUAGACUUCACUUACGGCGGUCCAUCACCCUGCGGUCCUGGGGUUGACCAGUGGAUUUGGGCGUCCUGAAACCGGAGAUACCAGAGAAGAAGCUAUGGGGGAGAAUGCUUGGGCGCAGUGAGUUAGAGAUGGAUGCUCAGACAAAAGCUGACGGAGAGAGCCUCUGAUGAAUGCCCACGCUGACACCGUGAUGGGUCUACGCAAAUGAUAACUAAAGGAAUCUCUAAAUAUGGUUGUUUUUUAAAAAUAGCUUUACCUCUAGGCUAUAUCGCCAUUACUUGCUCGAGAGAAGACUGUGGUGUUACAAGUUUACGCAGCAUGUAUUCUUACAUUUCAUUUUAAAAAAGCGUUUGUCAAGAGGACCUUGGAGUUCUUCAUCACUGGCGCUGAUUCAUCUCUCCAGAAACAGACAGAAAGCCGUCCAGGCUUUAUUCCCUGUGUUGUGAAUUUCACUGACCCAAACGUGAGAUUCCACACCAAAGGUUGACCGGAACCCCAUUUAAGGACAGAAAAAACGCGAAUAAAGGGAUCUGGGAAUCCGCACCAGGUUGUGAGUUGAAAUCUAAUCAGAUUGGCGGGGUUGAACUGGGUCGAAGACGGAUAAGAAAAGUUGGAACCAUGGCGGAGGAAUAGUACGAAAUAUUUGCCUCUCUUUUCUCCUUCGUUCGAUUGAAUAUCAGAGACCCCACGAGGUAAUCAUUAGCCAUUCGCCGGUUUUAGACUGUGUGAUGAUGCGCCGCAGUUUGGGUGAGGAUAUACAAUAUGCAGAUAUACGUUGAUAUAUUGAGAUAUGAGGCAUGAAGCAUCAAUUUGGAAAGAAACAGCAAACCCUCUGCGUCGUUGGUAAUAGUAGUAAAGAUCACCAGGACAAAGGGUGUAGAAUGAAUGUUCCUCGUAGCACCACGGGCUUACUAUUUGUUUCAUAAAGGCACUCGGAGGUGUUCCUUCUCACAUUCUAAGUGAAGAAACACAUGCUUGGAUGGAGCAAUUGAUCAAUCGGCACGUCCGUCUCAAAGCUUGCACAGCGAAACAUUUCAUGAGGAUCUAUCGUCACCUAUACCUGUAAUAUUUGGGUUCCGGAUAAACAGUACGUGGUUUCGAAAGAGAGACAAACUAUUUUCAAGGAGCCUAACACAUUUACUGGAGAAUUGCGGAUGGAUUUUGGUUGCAGUUGUCGAGCGGAGCAAACUGAAGACCGGCGCCUUUGCUUCUGAGAUUUCCACCACUCACUCGUCUUUAAAGGGGCAGCCAGCAGCCAGCAGCCAGCGACUGCAUGCGAAGACAUCCGGAGAUCACGGACACUGCGACUGACUUGGCAGACUGUCCGAAUCACACCAAUUCCCAAAGAGUCGACAACCAGCCAAUGAAUUAUGAAUGUUGAACAAGAUGACGUCCUCUCCGCAGCAGCAGCAGACCAUGAGAGGUCCUAGGUGGAACCGGGCCCUGUCCGACCCGCUGUUCGUGCUGCUGCUCUUCCUCCAGCUGCUGGUGGUGGCGGGCUUGGUGCGUGCCCAGACCUGUCCUUCUGUCUGCUCCUGCAGCAACCAGUUCAGCAAGGUCAUUUGCACUCGCCGCGGCCUGCGCGACGUGCCCGACGGCAUCUCCACCAACACGCGCUACCUGAACCUGCAGGAGAACCUCAUCCAGGUGAUUAAGGUGGACAGCUUCAAGCACCUGCGCCACCUGGAGAUCCUGCAGCUCAGCAAGAACCAGAUCCGCAACAUCGAAAUUGGCGCCUUCAACGGCCUGUCCAGUCUCAACACACUGGAGCUGUUCGACAACCGGCUCACCACUAUCCCCAAUGGGGCCUUCGAGUACCUGUCCAAGCUCAAGGAUCUCUGGCUCCGUAAUAACCCCAUUGAAAGCAUCUCGUCCAAUGCCUUCAACCGUGUGCCCUCGCUGCGGCGCCUGGACCUGGGAGAGCUACGCCGGCUCACCUAUAUCUCGGACACGGCCUUCGAGGGCCUCAGCAACCUGCGCUACCUGAACUUGGGCAUGUGCAACCUGAAGGAGAUCCCCAAUCUGCACCCGCUGGUGCGGCUGGGCGAGAUGGAGAUGUCCGGCAACCAGCUGGCCAACAUCCGACCGGGCUCCUUCAAGGGCCUGGUGCACCUGCAGAAGCUGUGGAUGAUGCACGCCCAGAUCCAGACCAUCGAGCGCAACGCGUUCGACGACCUGCAGUCGCUGGUGGAGCUCAACCUGGCGCACAACAACCUCACACUGCUGCCACAUGACCUCUUCACGCCACUGCACCACUUGGAGCGGGUGCAGCUGCACCACAACCCCUGGAACUGCAACUGCGACAUCCUGUGGCUCAGCUGGUGGCUGAAGGAGAUGGUGCCAGGCAACACCAGCUGCUGCGCCCGCUGCAGCAGCCCGGCCAGCUUCCGGGGACGCUACAUCGGCGAGCUGGAUCAGAGCAACUUCCACUGCUACGCACCGGUCAUCGUGGAGCCGCCCGCAGACCUCAACGUGACGGAGGGCAUGGCGGCCGAGCUGAAGUGCCGCGCUAGCUCGCUGACCUCGGUCAGCUGGAUCACGCCGAACGGCUCGAUCGUGACGCACGGCAACUACCAGGUGCGCAUCUCGGUGCUCAACGAUGGCACGCUCAACUUCACCAACGUCACCAUGCAGGACACGGGCACGUACACGUGCAUGGUGAGCAACUCGGCGGGCAACACUACGGCCUCGGCCACGCUCAAUGUCUCCUCCACCGAGACCAGCACCUUCACCUACUUCACCACGGUCACCGUGGAGACCAUGGAGCACGAGGAAGGCCACGCCACCGUGCCGCAGCGGGUCGGCCCGACCCCUUCCUCCGGCCUCUGGGAGUCAUCCUCCACGCUAGCCACCACCACCACCACCGCCGCCGCACGCCUGCCGCAGUCCACCAAGUCCACGGAGCGGCCCUACACCGUCCCUGUCACCACCCUGGGCGAGGGGCCCUUCAACGGGCUGGACGAGGUGAUGAAGACCACCAAGAUCAUCAUCGGCUGCUUCGUGGCCAUUACGCUCAUGGCGGCCGUGAUGCUCAUCAUCUUCUACAAGAUGCGCAAGCAGCACCACCAACAGAACCACCACGCCCCAGCACGCAGCAUCGAGAUCAUCACCGUGGACGAGGACUGUGUGCCCGGCGGGCAGGCCAUGGAGCGCCACCUGGCCCUGGCACAGCUCGAGCACGAGCACCUCAACCACUACAAUGCCAACUUCAAGACCCCCUACAACCAUGUGACCACCAUCAACUCCAUACACAGCUCAGCGCACGAACCUUUGCUAAUCCGUGCGGGCUCGAAAGACAAUGUGCAAGAGACCCAAAUCUGAUCUUGUGUUUUCAUGAUGAGAAUCAAAAUGGACUCAACUAGAGAAACAUUAAGACUAUUGACUAUUAAGAGGAUGACAAAAAAAUAUUAGGAACUGACAGAUCGGUAUCUAUAAGUAGGCGAUGAUGGAUACGUAUUGACAUUGGGAACUAGGGUAUGUCAACUGUUUCAAAAGUGUCUUUACAAAACAGAAGUUAUUUAUUUAAGAAAAAAAUCUAUUGUGGUUAAAUCAAGAAAAAAUGUAUCUUGCAAUUAUUUUUUCAGCACUUAUAUCUUCAUGUUUUGCUUUUUUAAUUGUCCCUUUUUUUUCUUUUAUAAUGGUUGGUUGGUGGUUGGUUUACUAAUAUGCUUCUAAACUCUGUGUAAAUCUAAUCGAGACCAUUCUCUGUACGAAAGGAGCCCAAUGCCACCUUCCAAACAAGAGAUGAUUCAGUGCAUAUCCUGUUGUUUCUCGUCUUGCACUGUCCAGAGCAUCCAUGUUGUCGUCUCACUUUAGGCAUAAUGCACCACAUGUCAUUUUUAAAGUCGCCCCUCUGCCCCCAAAUUAAUUGUUCUAAUCUCCAGUGGCCAUCUGUUAAUUUAGAUUAAGGGCUCGGUCCUUUUAAAAAGUUUUUGAGCGAGGCCUUGUCUGUGGUUAAAUCCGAUAACGACUUGGAAUCACCCUAAGGCUGCCACUCACAAGCAUCAGACACAGGCGCAAACUUGGGUUUUGACAAGUGAAUGGAUUUGGGUCACAAAGUGAUGAACAUAUGCCCCCUAUUUUAAACUAAGCCAAAACUCAGAACCCAGGGCCUGUGGAGACACAAAAGCUACUGAAUUACUCAGAGCUGUGAGGAGAGCAGAGCUCUUAAAAGCCCAAUGAUAAACAUUCAUGAAUGGACAAUUAAAUAUAGAUUUAUGUGUGACACUGAUGCAACAGCCCAGAACAGAGCUAGUAGUCCUGUGGGUGGGACACACGCACACACACGCACACACACACACACACACACACACAGAGAUUCAGUUAUAAGCCCUAGCCAGACCCCAUCUGACAGGCCUCAGCUCUCACUGCUUUCUGCUGCUGUGCCUCACACCACUGCAGAUGUGCCAGCAAAUUACCCUCCAAAAAUACUCCCCAAACCUCCAUCACCGCCGUUUAUCAGCUCCUUCACACCCCCAAUCCCCCACCCCACCCCCAUGUCUCCCUAGUCCCUGCUGUGUCCAAACACAUUGCCUCUCAUCUGUCUGAAACAAUCACCUCACAGCCUUAGCCCAGGCCUGCUGCAGCUGCAGCGUCCCCUCUGCCAGCCUCCCAAGUAGGAGAGCCCAGAGGAGAGGCCAUGGCGGAGACGCCAGAUCCCGGGCCGAGGAGAUGAGCCGAUCUGGGACUUGGCAGGUAGCUGGAGCUGCUAAACAGAUGUCCAGGUUUUUUACGAACAUCUUACUUAUCGGUCGUUCAGGACUCAUCUCUUUUAAAAAAAAAAAAAAAUGGAAGAGUCCUGAGACUAACCGGCAGCAGAUGCAACAUCAAAAGAGGAAAGGCAUCCCUGAGAAUUAAAAUAAAAAAGCCCUGAUGUAUAUGAAACAACAUGGGGAAUCAUAAUGUGAUUGCCAAACAAACACUGCUCAUUUUCCAUGAUGAGAAAGCCCCCAGAGCUUCUAGUUUCCCCCUGUCCCGUCCACUCUACAGUCAAGAGUCCAAGGCUUUUUUAAACAAGAAGUUGUUGUGUUCAUAGUCAUCUAGUAUCAUCAAUUGUCUCAUGAUAAUGAUCUACUUCUCAUAUAAAGUUUAACCAGGAAAGAACGGUAAUUAUUCAAACCUCCUGCUUUUAUGCUUUGAGAGGAAAAGUACCCCCAUUAUAAUUCCAAAUAAAUAACGUGAAAAUGUACUUUAACAGUCACCAUGGAAACCAACAGAGAAAUGGAUGAACACAAAAAUGGUGAGUUAGUAACCACAAGCCCCUGAGUGGACUACUGUAUCUGAGAUGGAGAUUUGGGCUAAUACAUCUGUUACAAACAUUUCUGUUCUAUUUUAUUAUCAUUGUUAGAUUUCAGAUUGAUUUGUCAUUUAAUAUAAAGUGAAGUUCACAUUCAAAAUUUAUAGACAUCGUGGGUACAUUUUCUUCGGACAAUUCUUCAACCAUGAUGGCUCUGUAUUUAUUCUGUAUUUAUCAGUGUGUCUGUGUCAAGCGACAAAUUUUAUUUUUGUAAUUCACCAGCUGAAUCAGGUGCCAUGGAAUAUACAACACACAAAAUUCAUUUGAACUGACUCAGAAAAAAAUAAAAUAAUUAAGAAAUAAAGAAAUGAUACUAUGAUAUUGAAGCAAAAACAUUUUUCUAAAUGCAGCUCAUGUAUGAGUGUACCCAUUUAUGCCCACAUGGAGUUUAGAGCCAUGGUAAACCGCUAUGACAUGUUUAUACAUUUCAUUUGGAUUGUAUUUGAGUCAUGUACAGGAUGACACUGGAUUGUCCAUGUUGGAACCUUGGUCAACCUCAAAGGGUUCUUCAGUAUCUAUGCUCCCAUCCAUGUUCAUUUGGUAAAUAUGUUUUAGAGUUUGGCUGUGAAUUCUAGUGAUUGCUACUCCUUUUGUAACAUCGCAUCAUGUGAACAUCUGUGUGUUUUGGGUCGGGAGACGGGAUUAGACUAUUUUGUUUGUUGGUUUCUUUUUUUUUGUUCCACAUCAUUCUUUUUCUUGUCAGAGAGGGAAUGCUGUUCUAGUGGUAGAUUUAUAUAAAAUACAUUUUGAGAAUAAAAUUCUAAAAAUUAAAAACAAAAAAACUACAACUUUUUUAAUUUUGAUUUUACAUGUGCCAACCUCUUCGGAAAAAUGGAAAUGUGAAAUAUGCUGUAAAAGACAAAGAAAGUGAUUUUCAUGUACGCGUACUUUCAUGACCUUUAAAGAAAAUACAGACGAAGAUCGAUUAUAGAAACCAGAGUUUGUAGUUCAUACACAAAAAUAAGGUUACAAAUAAACUAUUGUUGUUUUUU